UCGUCUUACAUAUCAUCACUGGUUCCUAUUUUUUACAUCUCGCUGAACCUAUUCCGAGUCCCUUUCAAGCCCCAACCUUCCAAUAUCCGAUCCCAGCCUCUCCUCUCAACCAUCCUGUUUGAUAAUCCUCCAAAAUGGCUCAAAAACUCUACCCGAGGGCAGGCAAGACCCCCGAAGAGCUGGAGGCCAAAUUUGUCCCCAUUCCAUCUGUCGGACACGAGAUGGGGAUCAUGUUCGGAUUCAUCGGUCUAAUGCUAAUCGGAGUCACCGGUUUCUGGGUCUGGUGGACUUUCAGGUUGAAGAGGGAAGAUACGCACGAGCGCGCGAGAGUGGAGGAUCUGCGAGCGCGAGGACUGCUGAAGGAAGGCCUGAGUGGCAAUGGGGCGAGUGAGAAGCAACCGAUUCAAGAAUAAUGGACGCUGUGAGGACGAGGCGAGAGUGCGGUCAGCCCUAAAAUGAGUGGGCGAAUCGAUCCUGAAAGGUUAUACACGGGUACCUGAUGGGGAUAGACGGAUGUUUGCAGAGCCGUCGAAGGUGAUAACAUGGGAUUCAGUAGGGUCGGCGUGAAACGACUUGGAUAUUCAGCGAUUUAGGGCGAUUGUGUCGCUAGAAAGAUGCCAUCUGCAGUUGAUUUUGAGGUAGCAAG